AUGUCUCAAUCACUGCGCCCCUAUCUUCAAUGCGUCCGCGCGUCCCUUACCGCCGCCCUUGCCAUCUCCAACUUCGCGUCCCAGACAUCUGAACGACACAAUGUGCCGGAAGUUGAAGCUGCAAGCUCUCCGGAGCUCAUUCUCAACCCUUUACACAUCUCCAGGAACGAAAAUGAGAAAGUUUUAAUUGAACCAUCGGUCAAUAGUGUGCGAAUCAGCAUCAGCAUCAAGCAGGCGGAUGAGAUCGAGCAGAUCCUGGUACACAAGUUCGACCGUUUCCUCACCCAACGCGCCGAGUCAUUCUUUAUUCUGCGUCGAAAGCCCGUCAAGGGCUAUGACAUCUCCUUUUUGAUCACCAACACCCACACAGAGAUGCUGCUCAAGCACAAGUUGGUGGACUUUGUUAUCCAGUUCAUGGAGGAUGUGGACAAGGAGGUGUCGGAACUGAAGCUGUUUUUGAAUGCUCGGGCUCGCUUUGUUGCUGAAUCCUUCUUGACUCCGUUUGAUUAA